AGUAGCUUCAUACACGAUCUCUUCUACAUGUUUAAUCAACGAUGUUGCAGUAAAUAAGUGUUUUAAACGUCGAUUUCAGUAUUAUAAAGAGUUUCUAAUUCAAGUUCACAUAUGAAUCUGUUAAUCAAUCGACAAACAGAAGAGAUUAUAAUGUAUUUUCCUCAACCUCAGACAAAAUUCAAUAACGGAACGAAUACAUGUUUUCGUGAUUAUGCCUGGUUUUAAAUUGUUUAGCAUAUUUUAUACUGUUUAUUACAUUUAUUUGUCUGUUUUAUGAUAUUAAUAGCUUUAAUACUUUGUGAUUUUAAUAAUAACAUUUUAAGUGAUAAAAAUGGAAGACUUAUUUGAUGGAUUUUCUCCUGAAAUCACUCAAUGGGACUUGAUUAGGAAUAUAGCUGAUUUAGAUUUAGAUGAAAAACACGAAGCAAAACAAGACCACCCCCGGGUGAAACUGCUGCCCAGACAAGAUGUCAUGUUGUACGGCAUCAUACCAAAAAUGGAACAGAGGGUUUACAGCAAAUGCAAGGAGUGCACGACCGUGUUCAAUCCCAGGGACGUGAUGUUGCACAAGUCGUGCGAUAAAAGCACCGCCACGUCCAAUGUCAAGGACCUCAAGAAGAAGGCCAAAAGCAAGAAGAAACCCUUGCCAACAAACGCGUCAACCCCACAAGUACUAUUUAAGAAACCUGCGACGCCACCCCCCAUCCAGCCCGCAGCAGCAGUCAGUGAGGUCAAACCUAGCAUUAUUGUCAAUACAAUGGACAUGUCCUUUCCGAAGGAAAAGGAAAGGGACGGCCAUAGAGAAAAGGAGAGAGACAAAGAUAAAGACAGAGACAAAGAAAAAGAUAGAGAUAAAGAAAAAGAUAGAGACAAAGAAAAAGAGCGAGACAAAGAAAAAGAGCGCGACAAAGAAAAAGACAGAGACAAAGAAAAAGAACGAGAUAAAGAAAAAGACAGAGACAAAGAAAAAGAUAGGGAGAAAGAAGGCCAUCGUGAUAAAGAAAGAGAAAAAGAUAAAGACAGAGAUAAAGAAAAAGAUAAAGAGAAAGCAAAGGACAAAACUAAGGAGAAGUCCGAGAAGGAAAAGGACGCGCAGUGUAUUGUGAAAAACGAAACCAAAAACAUGGAAGACUUAUUUGACGGAUUUUCACCUGAUAUCAAACACUGGAGUGCAAUUAGGAGUCAAGCGGACUUAGAAAUUGUAAAAUUUCCAGACGACAAAGAUGAAGUGUCCAGACCUGACCAUCCUCGCGUCAAACUGCUACCCAGGCAGGACGUCAAACUGUACGGCGUCAUACCGAAGAUGGAACAAAGGGUGUACAGUAAGUGCAAGGAAUGCCACCUCGUGUUCAAUCCACGCGACGUGCUGCUCCACAAGAGCUGCGUGGCCAAAGGCGUCGCCCCAAGUGCCAAGGACCUCAAGAAGAAGAUGAAGAGCAAGAGCAAAAAGUCGUCUUCGAGCACCUCGCAAUCAUCCUCGCAACCAGUAUUCAAGAAACCCAUCACGCCUCCACCUUUGUCGGCCGUUUCGCACAACGUCGAUGCCAAAAUGUCCCUGCCUGUAACAAUACCGAUGGACACGUCCUUUCCGAAGGAGCGAGAGAAGGACAGUCACAAGGAAAAAGACAGUCACAGCCACAGAGAGAAGGACAGCCACAGUCACAGCCACAGGGACAAGGAGAGAGAUAAAGAUAAAGACAAGGAGCACCGGGACAAAGAUCACCAUCGGGAAAAAGACAAGCACGAGCACAGGGAGAAGGACAGGCACCGGGACAAGGAGCACCGCGACAAAGACAGGGAGAGAGACAAAGAUAAAGACCGCGAUAAGGAGAAGGAUAAAGAGAAAACAAAAGACAAGGAUAGGGACAAGGAGAAGUCCGAGAAACAGAAGGACUCGCACUCGGACGUGAAGGACGACUCGUCGCACGGUUCGCCCAACAGUUCAAAGUACAAAAAGAGCAAGAGAAGCAACAAGGUCACCAAGGACUACGAUCCGGACGUCCAUUGUGGCGUCGUGGAGGGCAACAAGGGCCCGUGCACCAGGUCCAUAACGUGUUCGAAUCAUCGGAUCCAGUUGCGUAAACUGGUUCCGGGCCGCAGCAAAGACAUCCACCAGCUGAUCAGCGAGAGGAAAUUGGCGAAGGAGAAGGAGACGAAGCACACGUCCAGUUCGAGUGGCAGCAGCAGUGUCGCGACGCCCUCCCACGCGGACGACAAGGAAACGAUCGGGCAGAGUGUCCCGAUCGUUGGCAGCGUCCCGGUGGCGAUUCCGAUAGCGGCUGCGGCUGCCAUCGCCAACGUCGACGCUCCAGCCACGUCGCCGAUUCCGGUCGACCGGUUCGCCCCAAUGUCCGGCGUGGUGGUACCUAGUACCGUCCCGCAACAUUCUAGGCCGACAACUACCUCAAUAACCUCUAGCACCAAUAGUUUUCCAAAGCAGGAUACUCCAAAAUAUCUUGUUGUCAACCCGAGACUUAUGGAUUCACCAUCAGAUUCACCAAGCGAGAUGCCCAGUCCAGAUUCGAUGCUCUUCGACACGUCCAGUGUGUUAGAGAAUGGCUUUAGCCAUCCAUCAAUUUUAACUAAUAAUUCUCAGGAAAACGUCAUCGGGACCGUGCCUGUGGUUUACAUGCCAAUGAGCCCCAUCUCCGUUGUCACUCCAGUUCAAGUUGUCCAUAUUGGAACGAAAAUGAUCUGCCUGGAGUCACCGCAGUCGGCGAUGAGUCCGCCGCUGCCAAAUCAGACGGUCUACAUGCCGAUACCGGAACAAACCAACGUCAAAAUGUACAAGACGCAUCCGAAACCCAUUUCGAUCCCGACGUUCGGCACCAGGAAGGUGGGCGGCGCCAUCCUGCUGUCGAACCAAAGAUUGGAGACGCAGAGGAACGACUUCCUGAUGGCCAUCAGCCAGAAGCGCGGACGCAACCAUGGCUACAAAACGGUAUCGGUGUUAAACAAUUCGUCGCACAGGCCGAACAUUUUGAAAGUUAGAAGUUUGAGGGUGAAUUGCAAAAGACCGUCGAUGGACAAGUUGAACAGUGGUGACAGUAAACAGUUAAGGUUAACGCCGGACGUGAACGGUUUCAUUUUGCACGCCGACAUGAGUGAAACAGCCGACGCACCUCAAUCCAACAACUGUAUACAAGAGAAGAUCGCUCUGCUUAACAUGAAGUAAUUGUUCAAGAUGAAACUUCCUUGAUAUUAACUUUUUGCCAAUGGGUGUAUGAUAAUGGUUAUGUGACUUGUUCAAUGGAAAUAAUGUAAAGGGAAAAUCCGUUAAAUGGGGCUACAAAUUUAUGUUUUAAUCGUCAUUUUGUAAAAUUUUAAUGUUUUAUUAAUAUUAUUCUUUUUUUUUUGAAGAUUUUAAACGAAAAAAAAACGAAAUUGUCUGUUAACAAUUAGGAACUAUGAGAUUGAAUUAUUCUGGUAUGGAUCAAUUUUUAUUUCACUCCCUUGUACUGAUAAUAUUGUUAUUUACAUAAAUAUUUAUUUAUUGUAUAAUUUAUUAGGUGAAUUUUUUUUAUCUUUUUUUCUACAUUUUUUAUGUAACUUUUUAUUGAUUCAAUUUUUGAAUUGCUCCUAUGUAAUAUCAUUUCAAUAAAUAUUUUGUGUAAUUUCAUUUUUAUUAAUUAUUGUUUUAUUACAUUUUUUAUCGAUAUAAAAGGUAGAAAGUAAUUUCCGUUGAUACUGUAUGAUAUUAAUUAUUAGUAAUCUAGUCAAGUAAAAUCAUAUUGCUUCAAGGAUUUACCCAUUUUCAUUGACCCUUUAAUCAAGAGAAUUAUUGUAAUCGUUUGAGUUUAUUUAAAUUAAUGUAACUAGUUAAUUUUUCCUAAAUUUUAUAUCGAUAUAAAAUGUAACAACACUUCACAAUUCAUAAUGUUUUAUACUAUACAAAUAUUUAAUUUUAUAAAUCUAGUCAAGUAAGAUCUAAUUGCUAAUAGCUGUUAAAAUCUGCCUUAUAUUAAUAGAAUUGUACAACUAAAGUAGUUUCUUAGUUUCAUAAUUUGUUAUUAGGGUAUGUUAUUUGUGAUAAGUUAUUUAUUUUUUUACUUUAGCGUUUUACGGUACGUUUGAAAAGGGCAAUAUUGUGAUAAAAUACCCUUGUAUUCACUACUACGAUAGGUUAAAAGGACUUAGCUCAUCUCCUUUUAAACGAUUGGGUAGUUUAACAGUUUUACUUUGGUUGUACUAUUUGAUAUAAAUAAUAAUAGCCAUUGUCAUACUGAACAAUUUUCUUUAUGUAACAAAUAAAUUCAGGGAAAAUAUUGUUUUCUUUUUGUUUAAUUUUAAAAAACCUAGUGUGAUUUCGUGUAAAAAAUUUAAAUGUCCAAAAACUCGUACAUAUGUAAAUAUUUUAAUUAAUUAAAUAGGCAUAUAUUUUUUAACUUAGCAAGUAGCUUAAUUUUUUAGUUCCCCAGCUGAAAAAAAAAAUUGUGAUGUAUCACCAUUAAUGUUAGACAUAGUUAAAGUAUGUGGUAGUUAUGUUACUCCUUAGUUUUCAAUAUUUCUAUACGAUGUGAUCUUCUGGUGAAACCAGAUACAAUAUACAAAUUAAACGAUUUAAUAUCAA